ACAGAGGGAUUCCUCAGCAUUUGAACAAACACACGUUCUGGUCACGUGCCAAGGCUCAGAUCACGCUUGCGCCAGAGAAACAAGAUGGCGGAGAGUGCGGAAUUGAAGCAAAUGGUGAUGAGCCUCCGUGUCUCAGAGCUUCAGGUUCUUCUGGGAUAUGCAGGCCGCAACAAACAUGGAAGGAAGCACGAACUCUUGACCAAAGCAUUACAUUUGUUGAAAGCCGGCUGCAGCCCUGCCGUGCAGAUGAAGAUCAAGGAGCUUUACCGCCGCCGCUUCCCCACAAAGAUGGUGUCCCCGACAGACCUGUCCCUCCCUGGCAUACACUCCACCUCUGGAGGAGCUCACGCAGGCCUGCCCACCAGCCUAACACAGCUGGGAUUUGAUGGGCACGGUUCACCGUCUCUACUACCUGUCGCACUGCUUGGGCCAAAGCAUGAGCUGGGCCUGCCCCACCUGCCCUCCGCCCUUCACCCAGUCCAUCCAGACGUCAAGCUACAGAGGCUGCCCUUCUACGAUCUACUUGAUGAGCUUAUCAAACCCACCAGUUUAGCCUCAGACAGCAGUCAGAGGUUUCAGGAAACAUGUUUUGCGUUUGCACUAACGCCUCAGCAAGUUCAACAGAUCAGCAGCUCAAUGGACAUUUCUGGGACCAAAUGUGACUUCACCGUGCAAGUACAGCUAAGGUUUUGCUUAUCAGAGACAAGUUGUCCUCAGGAAGAUCAUUUCCCACCCAACCUUUGUGUAAAAGUGAAUGGAAAACCCUGUAACCUCCCUGGAUAUCUUCCUCCAACCAAAAAUGGAGUGGAGCCAAAGCGACCGAGCAGACCCAUCAACAUUACCUCCCUGGUUAGGUUGUCUACAACAGUUCCCAACACCAUUGUUGUGUCAUGGACGUCAGAAAUCGGAAGGAGCUACUCCAUGGCAGUGUACUUGGUCCGACAGCAGUCCUCCUCAGUUUUGCUACAGAGACUACGAUCAAAAGGCAUUAGAAACCCAGACCACUCAAGAGCACUCAUCAAAGAAAAGCUUACCGCCGACCCUGACAGUGAGAUUGCCACCACCAGCCUGCGAGUCUCCUUACUCUGUCCGCUCGGAAAGAUGCGGUUGACGAUUCCCUGUCGAGCGCUCACCUGCUCGCACCUACAGUGCUUUGAUGCUACGCUCUACAUCCAAAUGAAUGAGAAGAAACCCACCUGGGUGUGUCCGGUCUGCGACAAGAAAGCUCCAUACGAGCACCUUAUUAUUGACGGGUUGUUCAUGGAGAUUCUGAGCAGUUGUGUGGACUGUGAUGAGAUUCAGUUUAAAGAAGAUGGCAAUUGGGCUCCUAUGAGAUCCAAGAGAGUGGUACAGGAAGUGUCAGCAUCGUCAAACGGCAUUGAUGACUCGUGUCGGUCGGUUGUAUCGGACCACAGAAACAGUUCGUCCCAUAGCAGUAAGAAAGUGGAGGUAAUUGACUUGACACUGGACAGCUCCUCGGAUGAUGAUGAAGAUGAUAACGACGAGCCUCCACCUAAAAGACCCUGUCCAUCUCUAUCUCCCACCUCCCCACCUGCCAACAAAGGAGUGUUAAAUCUACAUCAUCAGACGUCUCCUCUGGCACGGGCUCCCAGCAUGCCGGCAAUGGAGACAAACUACAUCCCUCCCCCUCCUCCUCUCAUCCAGGAUUAUCGUCACUAUUACCACACAGCCAAUGACCUGUCAGAUCUGAAUUUCUUCUCAUUUUUACAAGGGGACAAUCACCAGCAUUACAACAUGGUCAUGGCCGCUGCAGCCGCCGCCUCGGCCUCUGCGUCAGCAUCAGAAGACCAUGAGCUGCUGCUGAACCGUUUCAUGCCCUAUGGUUCGUCACAGCUCUUCCUGGAGCAGUCGGGGACGUCGGCGAACAGCUCGCUAGUGCCUGCCAACGGCAGCGGGGGCAGCAGCAGUGGAAGCAGCAGCAGUCUGGUGUCCUCCAGCAGUCUGAGAGACAGCCACACACACACCAGCGCCUCCCGCUCGCGCUCCGACGCCGCCGCCUCCGUAAUAUACGGCUCCAUCCCCGAUGUCAUAUCACUGGACUGACCACACUGGGGCGCCCUGCAAACGGACAAGCUUUUAUCACAAACAGCUGGAGGGCGGAGAAGGAGCUUUGUGCACUCGUGAUAGGAUUUAGACAUGAACGGGAUCGAAAGUUUGGAUGGAAAAAAAGAGAGAACAAAGACUUUUGUAAAGAGAAGAAUAAAAUUGCUGUGUACAGAGAAGAAAAAUCUAUUUUCAGUUUUACUUUUGUAUAUAAACAAUAGGACGCUGCCUACCCAGUGAGUGACUUCAGUUGGUAUUUUCUCCAUGGAUACUGAAGAUGUUUUUCACUGCUCUGUGUGUUGUUCCUUGAUUAUCUUAUUCUGUACCUUUUAUACUUUUUUGCUAUUUUAUUUCACUUUAAAUAAUUAUUUUAGUCACAGUAAUAGAAUGGCAGUCAUCUUCAUCGUUUUUAUUUCUAAGACUCUUUCCCUCAGCCAUUGUUUGAUCAGUGAGGGAACAUCACAUUAUUUAAUGCCAUUAUCCUGUGCAGGUAAUUUAUUAUUGCUUUAAGUUAUGUAGGAUGUAUGCUGUACAGAAGCAUUCCCUUAUGCCAAUACAGAAUCUAGCCACGACAUGCUUGAACAGUCGACAGAGGUCACAUCUUAUUCCAGUUGCACACUCUUUCUCAUUCAUCACCACAUUAAUUAUGUAAGAAGCGGAGUUUAAAGACAUCAGUGCCCCGAUUUGCUAGUUAGUAAACUCUUGUACUUUUAUUCACCGUCUUAUAUCCUUUGAUGAUUUUUUUUUUUCUGAACUAAACCUCAAAAGAUGAGGUGAGGUUUGCAAAAACAGCGCUGAGGGUAUCAGACACUUUAGUAUACCUCAUUUAGUGUGUUGCAAAGAUGACUGAAAAAUAACCAGAAGGAUGUUGCAGUAGCCGUAGUGCAGACGAGUAAUUAUUUCCUUAAGACAUGUGAUUUCCCAUACUUAGCAAACCUAUCAAAUGGCA